ACGGCACGGCACGGCUCGGCACGGCACGGAGCGGAGCGGUGCGGGACGGAGCGGCCCCGCGGGGCAGCGGCUCCCACGAUGAGCAGCCAACUCCUGCUCCUGGCUGUGCUCCCGGCGCUCCUGGGUCCUCCAGCUGCCAUGGCACAGAAGAGGAGCCAAGCCGUGUGUGAGGAUGUGCUGCAGGCUGACAUCGCCUUCCUGGUGGAUGGCUCAUCCAGCAUCGGCAGGAACAACUUCCGUGCUGUCCGCGCUUUCAUGGACGAGCUGGUGGGGCCCUUCGUGCAGGUGGUGGGCGAGAAKGCGGUGCGCUUUGCCGUGGCACAGUACAGUGAUGACCCACGGGUGGAGUUCCCGUUCUCCCAGCACACUGAUGGCACGAGYGUUCGGAGGGCCAUCCAGCAGCUGAGCUACAAGGGUGGCAACACACGCACUGGUGCUGGCUUCCGCUACGUUGCUGACAACUUCUUCGGCCCCACGCAGCGCCGGCCCGGGGUCCCGCAGAUCUGCAUCCUCAUCACGGAUGGCAAGUCCCAGGAUGAUGCUGAGGGGCCGGCAGCAAAGCUGAAGAGCCAGGGCAUCAAGGUCUUUGCCGUGGGUGUUAAGAAUGCUGACCACAAGGAACUGAUCCGUGUGGCCUCAAUGCCUACUGAUGCCUUCUUCUUCUACGUUGGUGACUUCAAGCUGCUGGACACGCUGGUGCCACUGAUGACACGCAGGGUGUGCACCAGUGUUGGGGGCACCCUGCGCCUGCUUGAUGGGCCAAGCCACACUGGCCCCUCCAACCUGGAGAUCCCGGAGCGGGGCCUUGACCAUCUGCAGAUCCGCUGGAGAGCAGCCAGUGGUCCCAUCACUGGCUACCGGGUGCAGUACGUGCCGCUGACAGGGCUGGGGCAGCCCAUCAUGGCAGAGAGGCAGGAGGUGAGCGUGGGGCCACGGGAGACAAGCACUGUGCUUCGGGGACUGCGCGUGGGCACAGAGUACCUGGUCACGGUCACCGCCCAGUACGCCAACAGCAUCGGCGAGUCGGUGUCCGGCCGAGCACGCACCCAAAGCCGUGCCGGCUCCACGCUGGAUUUCCGUGUGGUGGAGAUUGGACCAACCUUCCUGUGGCUGGCCUGGCAGCCUGGCCCUGAGCUCCCUCAGGGCUACAGUCUCAGCUAUGCUGUGCAAGGAGCAGCCCAAAGGGAGGAGAAGAGCCUGGCAGCCAGUGCACAGUCGGCCAUACUCAGCAAUCUGCGGCCUGACACCGAGUACGUGGUGAUGCUCCGGCCCCGCUAUGCACAGCAGCCCGCUGUCCCUGCCACUCUCACCGCCCGGACACGGCGCCUGGUGGGCGUGCAGCAGUUCACUGUCCACAACGUCUCAGCACAGAGCAUGCUGCUGGCCUGGCAGUCUGUCACUGGUGCCACCGGCUACCGGCUCUCCUGGGCCACCCUGACAGGGCAGGACAAGCACAAGGUGGACCUUGAUGCCAGGCAGACGUCACACGCACUGGUGGGGCUGCAGCCCAACACUGACUACRUGGUGACAGUGGCCCCACUUUUCGGGCAGCUGGAGGGGCCCACAGCCACUGUGCGGCAGAGGACAGAGGCAGGUACAGACCAGAYGCUGCAGACCAACAUCCUGGGCCCCACAUCCAUCCAGGUGCUCUGGACCAGUGCCCGUGAUGCUCGUGGCUACCGUCUGGAGUGGAAGAGAGCCACAGGACCAGAGCCCCCCAGAACGGUGUCUCUCCCCAGCAGCACUAACACUUACCAGCUGACAGGGCUGAAGCCGGGCACCGAGUACCGCAUCACCCUCUACACACUCUAUGAUGGUGGGGAGGUGGCCACCCCUGUCACCACCUUUCAGACAGGUGUGGAGGCACCCGUGGGUGCCGUGUCAGACCUGCGGCUCGUUGAGGAAUCGGGCAGGAGGGUGCGGCUGAGCUGGACGGGUGUCCCCGGUGCCACCGAGUACAAAGUGGUGGUGCGCAACAGCCAGGAUGGCACGGAGAGGACAAGGCGCAUCCCAGGCAGCCAGACGGGGCUGGAGCUUGGUGACCUGCGGGAGGGCAUCCCCUACCUGGUGCGUGUCUCAGCGCUCGCAGGCAGCCGGGAGGGCAGUUCCGCCACGCUCACCGUCCGCCUCAAGUAUCCAGAGGUGGGCAGCAUUUCCGAGCUGCAGGUGAUGGAGGCCGGUCCCACCCAGCUGCGGGUCACCUGGCGAGGGCUGCCRGGCGCUGGGGGCUACCUGUUGACGUGGCAAGGGAGUGACGGUCUGAAGCAAUCCCGCUUCCUCCCUGCCGACCCCACCACCUUCACCAUCGAGGGGCUGAGCCCUGGCGUUACCUACACGGUCGGUGUCUCAGCCAUUGUGGAUGGCCGCGAGGGCAGCCCUGUCACUGCCACGGGGCGGAUAGUGCCUGAGCAGGUGGGGAAGGUGACCCAGCUGGAGGUUCAGGCAUCCAGGAGCAACAUCGCCCGUGUCACCUGGGUUGGUGUGCCGGGAGCCACUGCCUACCGUGUGGUGUGGAGCCGCAGGGACGGUGGCAGGGUGACAGGGCUGAUGCCACAGUCCUUGACAGGGGRCUCGGAGAAUAGCCGGAGGGUUCCUGGCCACAUCAGCUCCUUUGACAUCCCCGACCUGGAGGGGGGCGUCUCCUACACUGUGAAGGUGACAGCGCUCAUUGGCAACCGGGAGGGCAACCCCGUCUCCAUUGUCGUCACCACCCCGGAGGCAGUCCCCCUACGCCCCGUCAGUGGCUUCCAGGUGACGGAGGCUUCGGAGCACCGCCUGCGCCUGACCUGGGUGCCAGUGGCUGGCAGCACCGGGUACCGCCUGUUCUGGCGCCUGGCUGAAGGGGGUGCCCAGCGCAGCCAGCAGCUCCCAGCCACCUCAAGCUCCUAUGACCUGUCGGGACUGGAGCCGGGCCAGCGCUACCACAUCAGCAUCACCAGCCUGGCUGGCAGCCGGGAGAGCGAGCCAGCUGCCAUCACUGCCAUCACCACUGCCCCAGGCCACGUCACCAGCCUGCRGGUGGUGGAGGUGCGGAGAGAUUCGGUGACGCUCAGCUGGACCCCAGUCCCUGGUGCCUCCGGCUACAUCCUCUCCUGGAGCCCUCCCGCAGCUGGUGGGGAGAAGGGGCGGACGCUGCCCAGCACUGCCAGCUCCCAGCAGGUCUCUGGGCUGCGCCUGGGCCGGCGCUACACCUUCACCCUCCGCCCGCUGCUGGGGAGCACACCGGGUGCCGAGGCGUCCGUCAGUGAGCGCACAGUCUGCAGGGAUGCCCAAGGUGACGUGGURUUUCUGGUGCACGGCACCCGCGACAGCUCCUCCGGUGCCGACGCUGUCCGCACCCUGCUGUCCAACACCGUGUCCGCCCUGGGGCGCCUGGGCCCUGAGGGCACGCAGGUGGCCCUGGCCACGUACAGCUACCGCAGCCUGCCCUGGCUGCUCCUCAACCGCUCCAGUGACCUGCCCGCCGUGCUGGAACGGAUCCGCACCAUCCGCUACGAGGAGCCCAGCGGCAACGCCAUCGGGGCAGCCAUCACCUUUGCCAGGACCUACCUGCUGAGUCCAGGGGCCGGGCGCCGGCCCGGGGUGCCAGCAGUGCUGGUGGUCCUGGCUGACGGCCCCUCCGGGGAUGAUGCCAUCGCUGCGGCCAGGGAUGUCAAGGCYGGGGGGGUCCAGGUGCUGGCAGUGGGCUUGGAGGGGGCAGACCGGGAGCAGCUCCAGCGUUUGGUCACCAGUGAGGACCCACGGUACAUCUACCAUGGCGGCCUGGAAGAGCUGGAGGGAGAGCUCACAGAUGACCUCUGCACUAUCAUCUCCACCAGGCCAGAGCCAAAGCCAAAGCCCUGCACUGCACAGUGCCCUAAGGGCGAGAAGGGAGACCGCGGUGAGGCAGGACCUCAAGGACGCAUAGGACCRCCGGGUCCUCCUGGUCAGCCGGGUCGCCACGGGCUGCCUGGCCCUCCUGGACCGCCAGGGCCACAGGGUCCRCGAGGAGAGAGCAUCGAGCGUCCAGGCAAGAAGGGGGACAGGGGAUUUCCAGGAGCUGAUGGGACACCAGGAAGCCCUGGACGCCCUGGGAAUCCUGGAUCACCCGGCCAGCCAGGCAUCCAAGGCAUUCCUGGUCCUCGAGGGGAUCCUGGGAUACGGGGKCCCUCAGGACUUACUGGCCCAAAGGGGGAGAAAGGUGAACCGGGAGAGCCCAGGGUGAUCACGGAUGGAGAACAGGGGCUGCCAGGCCGGAAAGGGGAGCCAGGUGUGCCGGGCAGCCCUGGCUCUCCUGGGAUCCCCGGCCCGCGGGGGCCCCUUGGUGAUCCAGGCCCUCCUGGUCCGCUCGGACCCAUGGGGCUCCCAGGACCUCCUGGAGAGUUUGUGAAGGGAGAAAAGGGUGACCGAGGGGAAAGGGGCCCCCCUGGACUCAUGGAUGGGGCAGCACCUCGAGGGGAGCCCGGACCCCCGGGCCUGCCGGGGGAUCCUGGGCCUCGGGGACCUGCUGGGCCCCCUGGSCUGAAGGGAGAGAAGGGUGAUGGCACAGAAGGUUUCCCAGGAUCGCCUGGCCGCCCYGGGGACCCAGGAGACAGGGGUCCUCGGGGACCACCGGGGGAGCAGGGCAGGAAGGGAGACCGUGGGGCCCCAGGCGAGCUGGGAGAGACGGGCGAGAAGGGAGACCGUGGUGUCCCGGGCCCUGAGGGUGAGAAGGGUGAGACGGGAGCCCCAGGGCGUCCAGGGCCGUCAGGCAGAGAGGGAGCUCCAGGACCAGCUGGCCCCCGGGGGGAGAAGGGCGAUCCAGGACCACCCGGCAAGCCAGCUCCCAGUGUGGCCGGUGUUGGAGGAGAGAAGGGUGACAGAGGUUUCCCAGGACCAGAAGGACCUCCYGGCCCCAAGGGUGACACAGGAGAUAAAGGUGCCCGUGGUCCCCCUGGCCUGAGCAUCCCAGGGCCAGCCGGUCCCAAAGGCGAGCAGGGCGACCGGGGUAUUGUUGGCCUCACCGGCAGGAGUGGCCCAAAGGGUGACCCAGGAGAGCCAGGGGAGAAGGGGGAGCCAGGCCGAGCAGGCGCCCCGGGGCAGACCGGAAUGCGAGGCAAGGAGGGAGAGCGAGGAGAGAAAGGUGAUGAAGGCACCCCGGGUGAAGCGGGUCUGCCUGGCAAACCUGGAGACAGGGGUCCCCGGGGCCUUCCCGGCUACCGUGGCCCCCCCGGGGAGAAGGGGGACUUGGGGGACCCAGGACCUGAAGGCAGGAAUGGCAGCCCUGGAGCUCCAGGGAGCAAGGGUGACCGUGGGGACCCAGUGAGUGAUGCAAGGCCAUGUGUGGCCCCCCUACCCCAGACCCAGCUGUGCCCUCCCCCGGGCCGUGUUGAUGCUGGCSUUGGAGGAGUGGGAGAAAAGGGUGAGAAGGGGGACCCUGGGGACCCUGGUGAGGACGGCGCCAAGGGCGCCCGGGGCGAUGCUGGUUCCCCUGGAGUGCCUGGAGAGAGGGGUGUGGAGGGCCCCCGUGGSCCCCCUGGCACAAGGGGUGACCCUGGGGACCGAGGCCUGCCAGGAGAGAAGGGGGACCGUGGCCCACCAGGGCUGGAUGGCCGCAAUGGACUGGAAGGCAAACCUGGGCCCCCAGGCCCUGCUGGGCUGCGGGGGGACCCGGGAAAGCAGGGAGAUCCUGGCCGGGAUGGGCUGCCCGGGCUGCGUGGGGAGCAGGGGCCACCUGGCCCUGUGGGUCCCCUGGGACCACCCGGCGUCCCUGGCAAACCCGGUGAGGAUGGCAAACCUGGCCUGAACGGCAAGAAUGGAGAAGAUGGGACACCAGGAGAGGAUGGGAGAAAGGGAGACAAAGGUGAUACAGGACUACCUGGCAGAGAGGGCCGCAGCGGUGCCAAGGGCGAGCAGGGGGACAGAGGUGUGCCYGGCCCCCUGGGUCCCCCUGGCCUUCCCGGCGUCCCAGGGCAGGUCGGCCCCCCAGGUCAGGGCUCCCCAGGCCUCCGUGGGGUGGCUGGACCAAAGGGGGACCCAGGGGAGCCUGGAGUGCGAGGGGAGCCGGGGAGACCUGGCAGCCCUGGAGCACGUGGAGACCCUGGCACUACAGUGAAYGUUGAACGGAGCCUGGAAGCACUUGGCAUCAAGGUUUCAUCCCUGAAGGAGCUCACGGGUGCCUAUGAUGGGAGUUCAGACUCGUUUCUGCCGGUGUCCGAGCGGCUGCGGGGCCAGAAGGGCAGCCGGGGGGAUCCAGGAGAAAGGGGGCCCCCGGGCCGGGAGGGCUCCUUAGGCUUCCCUGGCGAGCGAGGACCCAAAGGUGACAAGGGGGACCCAGGCAGCCCCGGUCCCCAGGGCCCCAUGGGCCGGGCCGUGGGUGAGCGGGGUCCCGAGGGCCCACCGGGGCAGCCAGGGGAGCCUGGCAAGCCUGGCAUUCCCGGGGUGCCGGGCCGGGCCGGGGAGCUGGGGGAGUCUGGACGCUCCGGUGAGAAGGGUGACCGGGGCGAGAAGGGCGAGCGAGGUGAGCAGGGCAGGGAUGGAUUGCCKGGACCCCCAGGGCCUCCAGGGCCCAAGGCAGACGUGGUGGAGGGCAGCCUGAUGGGCCUCCCAGGAGAGCGCGGCCCCAUCGGACCCAAGGGAGCAAAGGGUGAGCCAGGAGCCGAGGGCGAGCGAGGACCCAAAGGAGAUAAGGGUGAAGGUGGCUCACGGGGUGACCGAGGGGAGCCCGGUGAGAAGGGCAGGGAUGGCGCUCCGGGUCUCCCGGGUGAGAGAGGGCUGGCAGGCCCUGAGGGGAAGCCGGGCUUGCCAGGCUUCCCCGGCGUGCUGGGACGGCCGGGCAAUCAGGGAGACCCAGGACCCCCAGGACCCCCGGGCAGCACUGGCCCACCAGGGGCCCAGGGCCCAGCUGGUACCAAGGGUGAUCCAGGGGAACCUGGCUCUGGCAUCCGUGGCUUGCCUGGCCCCCAGGGCAACAUGGGCCUGCCAGGACCCCUUGGYCCCCCCGGCCCAGGGGGCCCACCGGGUGUCCCUGGGCUGCCGGGACAAGUGGGGGAGAGCGGGAAGCCAGGCGUGCCAGGCAGGGAUGGCGUGCCAGGGAAGGACGGCGAGGCAGGAAUGCCUGGGAAGAUGGGCUUACCAGGACCUUCAGGCCCUGCUGGUCCCAAGGGAGAGCCAGGGGAUGCUGGAGCCCCAGGGCAGGCUGUCGCUGGUCCCCCUGGAGCCAAGGGAGAGAAGGGCGAGCCGGCGCUGCUGGAGGGUGUGCUGCUGGGAGAGCCUGGCUCCAAGGGUGACCGAGGCUUGCCGGGCCCCAAGGGCGAGAAGGGGGAGCCGGGAAAGUUUGGAGAGCCAGGAGAUCCUGGGGAAGAUGGAGCCAAGGGAUCCUCCGGAGCCAAAGGGGAGAAGGGAUCACCAGGUGUUGGUGCACGGGGACCGCCAGGACAGGAUGGGCCUCCAGGUUUGAAGGGUGACACGGGCUUGCCAGGAUUACCAGGACCCCCAGGCUUAGCAGGCAUUGCUGGAACACCAGGACAGCCAGGCUUGAGAGGGGACAAUGGACAGCCUGGCCCUCCAGGUCCCCCAGGAGAGAGGGGCUUGAUCGGCUUUCCAGGCAGAGAUGGUGCUGCUGGACCACCAGGACCUGUGGGGCCCCCAGGGCCGGCCGGCACACAAGGGGCCCCUGGCCUGAAGGGUGACAAGGGUGCUCCGGGGGCUGGGCUGCCAGGAGCCAGAGGCGAGCGCGGUGACCCAGGACCACGGGGUGAAGAUGGGCGCCCAGGACCMGAAGGGGAUCGUGGGCCAGCUGGAUUGCCUGGGAACCGGGGGGAGCGUGGGGACAAGGGGGACCUUGGCACCCCAGGACCCAAAGGAGACAAGGGUGACACUGUGGUGAUGGAGGGGCUGCCUGGAGCACGGGGCAGCAAAGGGGAGCCGGGAGAACGUGGCCCGAAGGGCACAGAAGGGGACAAGGGGGUCAAGGGAGAGCAAGGCAUGCCCGGAGAAAAGGGGACGAGGGGUGAGCAAGGAGAGAAGGGCCCCAUGGGCUUCCCUGGGGCACGUGGCCCUGGUGGGCAGAAGGGAGAGGCUGGAGCACCGGGAGARCCUGGCGAGCCGGGUCAGCCUGGCCGUGAUGGKAUCCCUGGGGGCCGUGGAGAGAAGGGGGACACGGGACCCCUGGGCAUGCGUGGCCUCAAGGGUGAGCGGGGCAUGAAAGGUGCCUGUGGCCUCAAUGGGGACAAGGGUGAGAAGGGAGACCCGGGGAUGCCAGGGCGCUCAGGACUGCCAGGGAGGAAAGGCGAGCCGGGAGAGCUGGGUCUGUCAGGACCACCAGGCAUUCCUGGGAAGGAAGGGCUCAUGGGACCCAAGGGUGACCGAGGAUUUGACGGGCAGCAGGGAGCCAAAGGAGACCAGGGGGAGAAAGGAGACCGGGGUGCCCCAGGUGUUAUCGGUGGCCCUGGUCCCCGGGGCAGUGACGGUGCUCCUGGCCCCCCUGGACCCCCAGGGAGUGUUGGUCCACGAGGUCCUGAAGGCAUGCAGGGCCAGAAGGGGGAGAGAGGCCCCCCAGGGCAGUCUGUUCCUGGCGCACGCGGCGUGCCCGGCAUCCCCGGCGAGAGAGGAGAGCAGGGCAGUCCUGGCGCCCAUGGGCUCCGUGGGGAGAAGGGAGAGCCAGCCAUGACGGAGGAGGAGAUCCGUGCCUUCGUCAGGCAGGAGAUGAGCCAGCACUGCGCCUGCGGCGGCCACCUCCCACRGCACCAGGAUUCACGUGAGCACUCAGGAGGCUGGGGGGCUCAGGCCAGGAGCGGCUUCCACUCUGCCCAGGGAGGAGGAAGAAUCGUCCGCCAGGAGAGAGAGCAUGACCAAACAGGGUCCUUCUCCACCCAGCCAUUCCCUGCUGGCAGCGCUCACACAGUCCCUGUGCUCAAGUUGUCACACACUGAGGAGGAGGAGGGGCAGGACAGGCACAUCAUGCUYGACAAUGACGACCUCGAGUAUGACAGCAUGGAUGGGGAGGAGGAUGACUACGAUGAGGUCCCGGAGAUGGACAGCUUGGAGCAGCCCACAGUGGAUGCUGAGCCCUGCAGGCUGCCGCUGGAUGAGGGGGACUGCCAGCGCUACACCCUGCGGUGGUACUACAACCAAAGAGUCACCGAGUGCCGGCCCUUUGUCUACAGCGGCUGCCGGGGCAACCUCAACCGCUUYGACAGCAAGGAGGAGUGUGAGCUGCACUGUGGGCAGCACCCAGGGCCAGGUAGGCAUGGCUUGGCACAGCCAGCAGGUCCAGCAGCAUCCCCACCCCGUGCUGGGGGCUCAGCAAGGCAGAUCUGGGGGCACAGUGCUGGUCCCCCAUCUGAGCUCUGACAGUGCCUCGCUUCUCUCCACAGAUUCCCGUGGCAGUGCCGGCAGCACGGUGGGAGGGCAGCCAAAGGUGUAGGUGCCGGCAGUGUCUCGGCAGGCAGGGCUGCCUGAAGUGGGGCCCAGCUGCUGCCCCGGCCGGGGUUGGGCUGCCCGUGGUGGCGGGGCCACGUGUCCACCAGCCCCGGCAGGAACCUGGUGCUAUUUCUAACCUGUCUUUAUGCUGCUCAUGGGUUUUUCAUUUCAUAUCAGUUUAUUGUCUUUAAGGUGAAAUUUAUAUCAAAUGGGAAACUGCAUCCCACAAAGGCUCUGAACCCUUUUCCACAUGGAGGUUUCCUGGGCUGUUGUCAGUUUGAUUUUUAAAUUAUUUUUUGCCAAGAAGAUGGUUCUUAGCCCUGUUUCCUCUCUCUGAAGUGGAGCUGAGACUUGGCGUAGCUGGGCUCCCUCCCCUCACAUAACACCAUUGUGCCCUUUCCUGCCCCCCACAGACCCCCAAUCUCCCUCUCUGCUCCCCACUCUCUGCCAGGGGAGCUGUCCACAUCCUUGUUCCAGGCAGUGCCUCUCUGCACAGCAUCCCUCACCCCCACCCUGUUAUCAGCUCCAUCUGAAUAAAUUUCACCUUAACCUCAACUGGGGCCCAGUUCCCCUUUUGUGGCUGCGAUGGUUUGGCAAUGACCUGUGGGGAGACCGGAGGCUUUUUCCAUGUGCUACCCUCCAGCUCACAWGCCUGCCAGCAGCACAUCUGUCUUUAAUCUGGGGGGGCUCAGCUGCACCCCCAGGCCUUUCAGGGAAACCCUGAGAAUGGUGCUACGUUAGAAGAGGUUCCUGCUCRCCCACGCUUACUCUCAAAGGCUUUGUGAAAGUGAUGUUGGCUGCUGGGGUCGCAGCCCCUGCUUCCCCCCAGCCCCAGGGCUGAGCAGGGACGUGUCCCAGUGCCCCAGAGCCCRAGGGGCUGCUGGGUGGGCUUUGUGACCCCCAGACGUACCACUGCUCUCCGUGUAUAUCUGUAUACAGCGAAUGUAUAUGUGUACCAAUGCAGGGGGAUGUGUAUUAAAGCUGUGCUCACAGGGAGAUGUCACACUUCUUGGCACACCACYGGAGAUGCCUGUGCAGUCUGGGGACAGGUUUUGAGUCAGGCGUGCCCCCUGCCCACCCCAGCUGAGCUGUCCUUUCCAGCUGCCCGCAGCUGGCAGGGCUGGCUGGGGUUCCUCACCCCUUUCAGGGAUCCCAGUGCCCGUCCCUGUGCCCAGCACGUGCCCAGCUGACGCAAGCCRGGCCGUGACCCCCUGUCCAGGCCCUGACGUGUCAGCACGUGGCUCUGUGGUGCUGCACGAUGUGCUGUGUGAAUCAGUGCUGCCAGCUAAUUUUGGCUACUGGGUGUGAGUUCCUGGCUGUCCCCAGCAGGAAGAACAGAGCUGGCAUUAUUUCCGUUCCCUGCCAUCCUGGGGAGGGUGGCAUAGGAUGGGUCACCCUGUGGCCACGGGGGUGGGCAGACCUCCUGUGGUCUGAACCCUGGGCACCCUGACUCCUUGUCCUGGCCAGCGCUCUGGGCUCAGCACCCACCAACUCAUCUCAUGCAGGUGCCCAGCCAGCCUGAAARCCUUGGGAUGCUCCCACAGUGCCUAAGGGGGGAGUUUUGGAGCAAAACCCUCGCAUAUGGGGCUCACUGCACAGCAAUGCCUGCAGGCUGCUACGCACCUUGGGCAGCUGGGGGAGGAGCUGGGCCAGGCUGGACUGGUCAAGUGGGCUGCAAACCAGUGGUGUCCCAAUUGGAAUGCAUUAGCAUGAGCUGCAAACUACUGAUGUCCAGCAAACCAGGGGCCAAAGCAGUGCUUGGGUUUGGCACAGCAGAUAGCUGACAUGUCUCUAGAUAUGUUCUCCAUGUGGCCAGGGGCUCUGUCCGGACACAGGGCCAAACAGGUACCAGGAGAUGUCAGGGGGCUGUGUGAGGCACAGUGCCCAGAGGGCUGCCCAUGGUCACUGGCCCGCAGCAAUAUGCAUGUAAAGAAGGGAAAGUACAUGUACUUUCUCUUCUUUAAGUGAUUAUGGAAGGAGCGGGGAGGCCUCAUUAGAUGGAGAAAAAACAUCUUGCAAGUCAGACAAGAAACAAUUACAACUGAGCUGUCCCAGGUUCCCGGAAUCCCCUCCAAAUGCAGCUGGUGGAGCUGCAAGGGGGCACACACACACACCCACAUCCCGGGAUGACUUCAUCUGCUACUAGGCAAAAUGUAUUAAAAACAUUUCCACCAUC